GAGGCAGGAGCCUGGACCGAUCCCAUCAGAACCUAACUUUCCUUCUAACUCAGAACCUUCAUUAUUAUCAGAAAUAUUUCAGAAAUGAUGGAAACCUAAAGCGUUCAGCUGCUGCGCUGCUAUUGGUUCACAUUCUCAGGCCCUUCUCCCCUGAUUGGUCCAACAGCUGCUGCUGACUUCCUACUUCUACGGUGGACGCUUCCUUUACCAUCAGCCGGCAGGAGAAGAUGCCAGGUGGGAGGAGUCUUUUCUAGACCCAGACAGUUUCCUUCAGGAGAGGCGAGAACAGAAACGAGUCAUCAGGUUGAUAGGCGGUCAUUACGUCAUUUCCUGUCGCUAUGCUAACAUCGCUGCCAACACCUUUCUACUAAUCCAGCAGCUGCGGGAUCAUGACGUCAUUCACCGCUUUCCAGCCACGCCCCUCCCGUGGGCCGGCUGCCUCUCCGGCUGCCUGUAAAGGAGCGGUCCUCCCGUGAACCGGUCUGACUGGCCUGGCGGUCCGGCAGCAGGAGAGCAUGAAGGCCGCCGCGGUGGCUUUUUACGGAGCGGCUCUGGUUCUGCUGCUGGCCGCUCUGAAGGAGCUGCUGACCGGCUUCGAGGAGAACAGAUGCAGCAUGACCUACAUGUUCGAGCAGCCGGAGUACCGGAGGGUGGUUCUGCCUCGCCGUGUGUCCCGACUGUUCCCCGCCUACGGGCUCUACCUGUACGGGGAGGGCGUCUACGCUCAGGAAACCCGGAACCUUAAACUCAGCGGAACGCCCGUCCUGUUCCUGCCGGGGAACGCAGGGAGCUACAAGCAAGCUCGUUCUCUGGGUUCCGUGGCUCUGAGGAAGGCAGAGAACAUGGAGGCCGGUCUGCAUCUCAACGUCUUCACGGUGGACUUCAAUGAGGAGCUGGUGGCGUUCUACGGCGGCAGUCUGCUCAGACAGACGCACUUCCUGCACGAGUGCAUCAAGGCCGUCUUGCGGCUCUACAAGAACCUGAAGGUUCCCCCUCGGAACGUGGCGUUGGUGGGUCACUCCAUGGGGGGGGUUGUGGCCCGGGCGCUCUUCACCCUUCCUCGCUUCAACCCUCGCCUGGUCAGCCUCAUCGUCACCCAGGCCUCCCCCCACGUGGCUCCGGUUCUGGCCCUGGACCCGUACCUGCUGGAGUUCUACGUGGCGGUCAGGCAGAAGUGGUCGACGCAGGCGCAGAAGCUCAGGAACGUCACUGUUCUGUCGGUGGGAGGCGGUUACCGUGACUACCAGGUCCGAUCGGGUCUGACGUCCCUCCCCUGCCCCCCCGGAGAUCCCAACAAGCUGGCGCUGGUGGCCACCGCUGUCCCCAGAACCUGGCUCUCCACCGACCACCUCUCCAUCGUUUGGUGCAAGGAGCUGGUUCUGGCCACGGUCCGGGCGUUGUUCGACCUCGUCGACCCUGAGACCAGACAGUUGACAGACGACCCGGAGAGGAAGCGGGCCGUCCUGAACCACCACUUCGUCAGACACCCGGCGCGGACGCCGCAGGACGCCGCCGACCCGUCCGUCUCCAUGCCAGAUGUUCCUGAAGCCUGGAGUGAAGUCAACACCUUACGUCUGUCCUACAGAACCCCCAAGGAAGGACAGCUGAAGUACUUCCUGUUCGCUCUGUCCAGCCGCCGCCGCGCCUACAGCCACUUCUACUGCCGCUCCAGCAGCCUGGAGUCAAGCAGCUGGGUCCUGGGCUGCGUCCGCACCGCCGGGUCCUCAUGUGCCAGCGCCGUGGAUCUCUCCUCGGGGACCGAGCUCCUGCCUCCAUAUAAGGUUCUGGUUCUGAGUCUCAGCGACUUGUCGUCUUUCACUCACCUGGUGGUUUCUGCCUCCAACCUCAGCGGUAAACAGUUCACGGUGGAGUGCGAGUGGCAGAGAGAAGCGGCUCAGACUCUCUCCGUCUCCGUGCCUCAUCUCCUCUCCUUUGGGUUCUCUGUGGGCGAGGUGACGGUGAAUUCCUCAGGACUCCUGCACCAGGUCCAGCUGCUCCACUUCCACCAGGUGUACCAGGCCUUCCGGAUCAGCGUGGUGAGCAGUUGCCGUGGGAACGCAGACCGACUCCCCAGCGUCUACCGCCUACGGGUUCCUUGGUUCCGAGAGGACUCCUUCACCACAGCCAGUGUGCCGUCGGCCUCGGAGAUCUCAGGGAUGCUUCACACCAGUGGCCCUGGAAACGCCUCUACUGUCCUGCUGCAGCUGCACACCGCCCCCAACUGCCAGUAUAAGGUGUCGAUCAGAACCUCCUUCCCCAAGGUUCUGGGACAGGUGCUGAGGUUCUGUGGUCCCAUGGUUCCGGUCUACACCGCUGUCACUCUCCUGCUGGCCUGCAGGGGGCAGCUGUGCUCCAUCCUGAGGUCGGGCGGAGCAGCAGACAUGAUGCAGGUGGUGAGCGCAGGCCUGCAGCCUCAUCAGGUUCUCCUUCCUGUCUACCUGCUGCAUGUUCUCCUCAGCUGUAGCUGCCUUCAGGACGUCUCAUCCGUCCUCGGUCUCCCCCCAGAGGACACUCUCCCCCCCACCUUCCCUGAUGGGGUUGAAGGGGCGGAGUCACACGAGGAGUGGCCCCACCUCCUUUCUCCUCUGUUGUAUGUUCUGGGAGCAGCUGUGGCGUUCUGGGGCAGCGCUCUGCUCCGCCUCCUCAUCCGCCUCGUCUCCCUGUUUCUGGCUCCUUUGCACAGACCGUCUGUCUCCAGAACCAGUGGAACGCUGAGUCUGCAGACCCAGUUCCUCCUGGGUGUCUGUCUGUAUGCUGCAGCCUGGAUGUUCUGUGGAGCUCUGGCCAUCUUCACCUCCUGUCUGCUCCACCUGUACCGGGUACCACUGCAGAACCUCAUUCACUGCAUGCAGAACCUCAUUUACUGCCUGUAGAACCUCAUUCACUGCCUGUAGAACCUCAUUCACUGCAUGUAGAACCUCAUUCACUGCAUGUAGAACCUCAUUCACUGCCUGUAGAACCUCAUUCACUGCAUGUAGAACCUCAUUCACUGCCUGUAGAACCUCAUUCACUGCAUGUAGACCCUCAUUCACUGCCUGUAGAACCUCAUUUACUGCCUGUAGAACCUCAUUUACUGCAUGUAGAACCUCAUUCACUGCCUGUAGAACCUCAUUUACUGCCUGUAGAACCUCAUUUACUGCAUGUAGAACCUCAUUCACUGCCUGUAGAACCUCAUUCACUGCCUGUAGAACCUCAUUCACUGCCUGUAGAACCUCAUUCACUGCAUGUAGAACCUCAUUCACUGCCUGUAGAACCUCAUUUACUGCCUGUAGAACCUCAUUCACUGCCUUCAG